AUGAGUGAAAUUAAAUACAAAAAACUCACAACUAAACUUGAUAAAGGAUUGAAUCUUUGUCUUUUUGAAACAAUAUUCAAUUGGAGACAAGUUAAUGGAUUAAAACACGAUGACUAUACAAGAUAUAGAAGAUUUUGUUCACGUAGAAUUAAGAGAAUAAGACAAAAAGUCCAAUUAAUCAAUAAAUGGGAAAAAAAACAAUUUAAACAAUUAAAGUUAGUUGCUGAACAUAUGAAAACUUCAGAAUGUUUAAUGAUUCCUUUAUUAAAAGUAGAAAGAUGUUGGGCAUAUGCUAAUGAACUUCAACCUGUUGAUGAAACUGAAGCAAGAAAAGGACAUCAUCAAAAAAGAAGACUUCACAAAAUGAAACAAUAUUGUGAAGAAUUUAUUGGAUUAAUGAAAGGAUGUAAUAAAAGAACUCAAAGAGAAAUUACAGCAUAUAAUUUAUAUAUGAAAGGAAUGGUAGCAUUUGAAGAUCAUCAAUACGAAGAUGCAUUAAAGUAUUAUUUUAAAAGCAUUACUAUCAUUGGUUAUAUUGAUGCAGAAAUGAGUGAAGAAAGUAAAAUUAUCUUUAGAGAUAUUGUAGAUGAUGCCAAUGCUAAAAUCAGAGUUUGUAAAAAGUGA